CGCUGACGGAGAGGGCCGCCGCCCAGCCGUAGACGCUGCCUCAGCCGGCCGAGCCGCAGUUACUGCGGUGUGUGACUGAGCCCGGGCCCAGCCGCCUGUCCCGCCGCCGCCAUGGGCUGCACGUUGAGCGCCGAAGACAAGGCGGCGGUGGAGCGGAGCAAGAUGAUCGACCGCAACUUGCGGGAGGACGGAGAGAAAGCGGCCAAAGAAGUGAAGCUGCUGCUCCUCGGUGCUGGGGAAUCUGGUAAAAGCACUAUCGUGAAACAGAUGAAAAUCAUUCAUGAGGAUGGCUAUUCAGAGGAAGAAUGUAAACAAUAUAAAGUAGUUGUCUACAGCAAUACUAUACAGUCCAUCAUUGCAAUCAUAAGAGCCAUGGGACGGCUUAAGAUUGACUUUGGGGAAGCAGCCAGAGCAGAUGAUGCCCGGCAAUUAUUUGUUUUAGCUGGCAGUGCUGAAGAAGGAGUGAUGACUCCAGAAUUAGCAGGAGUGAUUAAACGGUUAUGGCGAGAUGGUGGGGUGCAAGCUUGCUUCAGCAGAUCCAGGGAAUAUCAGCUCAAUGAUUCUGCUUCAUAUUACCUAAAUGAUUUGGAUAGAAUAUCCCAAACCAACUACAUUCCAACUCAGCAAGAUGUUCUCCGGACAAGAGUGAAGACCACAGGCAUUGUGGAAACGCAUUUCACCUUCAAAGAUCUAUAUUUCAAAAUGUUUGAUGUAGGUGGCCAAAGAUCAGAACGAAAAAAGUGGAUUCACUGUUUUGAGGGAGUGACUGCAAUUAUCUUCUGUGUGGCCCUCAGUGAUUAUGACCUUGUUCUGGCUGAGGAUGAAGAGAUGAACCGAAUGCAUGAAAGCAUGAAACUGUUUGACAGCAUUUGUAACAACAAAUGGUUUACAGACACUUCAAUCAUUCUCUUUCUUAACAAGAAAGAUCUUUUUGAGGAAAAAAUAAAGAGGAGUCCUUUAACUAUCUGUUACCCAGAAUACACAGGUUCCAAUACAUAUGAAGAAGCAGCUGCUUACAUUCAGUGCCAGUUUGAAGACUUGAACAGAAGAAAAGAUACCAAGGAGAUCUACACUCACUUUACCUGUGCCACAGACACAAAAAAUGUGCAGUUUGUUUUUGAUGCUGUCACAGAUGUCAUCAUUAAAAACAACUUGAAGGAAUGUGGGCUUUACUGAAGAGAGUGAGUGUUAGUAAAAGUUACUGUGGUGUGGAGUCUUGAGACCAGAUGUGUUUGGCUGUCUCACAGGCAGUGCAAGCAUGAAGGGACCAGAGAUGGCAGCAGCAUGCAGAAUCUUAAGCAUUCUUUAGCACAAUCUUCUGUAUUAGGGAACUUAUAAUUGGCCUGACGUGCUCAAGUCAGACGUUGGAAUUGGAACAACUGUAAAGUAUAAUUUGAUCAAGACAUCACUUGGAUUUUUAUAAUCUCAAAUGUUUAGGGCAGAUGUGGAGUUUGAGGUGCUGCAUUCCAGAACUUCAGUAUGUAGCUUAUUUGUUUUUCCUUCUUAACCAACCACCAGUAGUUAAUUUUUAAAGUUUUUUUCAAUAAGAGAAAAAUAACUUUACUAAAUUUUAUUUCUUUGUUUGCAAAAGAAUCUUUAUUAAAACACAAACUAUGCACAUGAUGUGACGAGAUCAUCUUGAAAAUAUUCCUCUUAGUAGGAAUUCUUUGUUUUUAACUCUUGGUAUGGUCUGCUUAUAAUAUUUCUGUAAUUACUUAAAAUUCUUUCCAGUUAUUGGGGCUAUAAAUACAGUGUUUUUGGAUGAAAUUUUUGUUACUAUCCUGCUCAGAAUACCAUUAACAUUUCUAAAUGGUAUUUACAUUGAAGAGCUAUACAGCAAGAUUGUAGCUCUUUUUUUUUUUUUUUUUUUUUAAGCUUAUGGUGAAGGUUAACUUUGUUUAUGCUGAUUACCAAAUUACUAGAUAAAUGCUCAUGUAGUAUGAUAAGGUCAGCUUCUUGGAUACAGACACACCCAGCUAGCUGCCAAUUAGAAAUGGAAAUUGCUAAGUUCCAAACAAAACCAGUGACUUUGCUGCUACAUAUCUACUUAAUUGACCACUCUGAUUCUUGCUCGUUGUCUCAGUCAUAGGGAGUUUUGUACAAGGUACCCUUCAUUUUCCAUCUUCAUGGUCUUUUCUGUUUGUAGACAUCUAAAUAUUAGGAAUGCAUGCUUUUACUUUGUAAAUGUGGUGCCAAAUCCCUGUUUGCCAUUGUUUUUACUGUAGCAAUGUUAACUGUAGGAAUCUUUACCCAGUGCGUUCUUUUGCCGAAACUGUUGCUUUUUGGACUUUUUUCCACUUUGUCAUGUGUACAGAUUUCAAUUUGUUAUAGUUGGCAGCAGUAUUAAAAUGGUGAGUAAAGAGUC